AUGGGUCCCGAUGACGAGAAAAAAAGCGAUGCCCCGGCGGAAGAAACCAGUCCAUCUCCGGCAGCAGCACUCCUAUCUCACGAUGUAGCGGCGAUAUCACUCUCUCUGCGUGUCCCACCGUUCUGGCGAGACCAGCCAAUACUCUGGUUCUGCAGUUUCGAGGCGGCCACUGCAGAGCUGAAGAGGAGCCAGGCGCAACUCGCGCAGAUGGUGAUCGCGCAGCUGGAAAAACAAGACAUACAGAACAUAAGCGAUCUCAUCUACUCCCCGCCAGAAGAGAACUACUACACCGUAAUUAAGAACCGGCUUAUCUCUGUGUACGAAGAGAGCAACAGCGCCCAGACGAAGAAGCUGUUAUCCCAAGUCGAGCUCGGAGAGCAGAAGCCCAGUCAGCUGUUACGACGCAUGAAGACGCUCAACAAAGAAAAGUUUCCCGAGACUACCAUACAGAUGAUGUGGCUAGAUCAUCUCCCGCCACACAUACGCUCCGUGCUUACCGUCAGCGAAGCUUUCAAAAUUAAAACUACGCUGGAGGACCUCGCGCUGCUCGCCGACAAAAUGUUGGAGCACACGCUAACAUCGUCGCACCAGAUCGCCGCAGUCUCUUCUCCCGCAGUCCUACCACCUUCGCUGCUACCGCCACCACCACCUCAACCGUCUACGUCAGCUCUCGACACCCAGUACCUCAUCGGCGAGAUAAGAAGGCUAUCACUUGAACCGCUCAAACCGCCGUUUCCCAUCACGUUCACGGAACCAAUCUCAAGACCGAAGCCCACGAAGCCGCAGAAGCUCGCCGAUGCCGUACUGCCAUUACCACCGUCGAUUUGGUAUGGACGCCCAGAAAUGUGCACAGCCGUGCAGUUUCAAACCAAUCCCGGCAACUCCGACAUCGGAAAACUUAGCGUAACGUUGGCUGCGGCGGAAACCGGCGUUACCACCAAAUCACACCGCCUCUUCGUACGAGACCGAGCUACCAAACUCGUCUUCUUGGUAGACACUGGGGCGAACAUCUCCGUCCUACCAAGAACACCCGGCACGAAGGCGCAAGCUCUACCUUUCCAACUGUACGCCGCCAAUAAUACAGUUAUACCUACCUACGGCGAGAAGACGCUGGAGCUCGAUCUCAAUCUACGAAGACCAUUCCGAUGGAAGUUCAUCAUCGCUGCAGUGUCGAAGCCCAUCAUCGGUGCAGACUUCCUGGCCUACCACUACAUCAUAGUCGACAUCACCAGGAGACGACUGAUCGACGGCAAGACCCUACUAUAUACGGACGCACAACUCUGUACUGCAAACAUACCUACCGUGCGCAGUAUAGACGUGAAACAAUCGUACCACAACAUACUUGCCGACUACCCUGGUACAACUCGUCUCACCUCCAUGAAGCUCAGCCCGAAACACAACGUUGAACAUUUCAUCGAAACAACCGGACCACCACUUCACUGCAGACCACGUCCGAUUGCACCGCACCGCUACGAACUCGUGAAGAAAGAAUUUGCCAACAUGAUGGAACAGGGCCUAUGCAGACCAAGCAAAAGCCCUUGGGCAUCACCUCUUCACGUCGUACCGAAGAAGAAUGGCGAAUUACGUGUGUGUGGCGAUUACCGACGGCUUAACGCAAUCACUAAGCCCGACCGCUACCCAAUCCCACGCAUACGUGAUUUUACCUACCAACUCGCCGGCAAGCAAACAUUCUCGACCUUGGAUCUCAACCGCGCCUACCAACAACUACCAAUAGCAGCUCAAGACGUCGAAAAGAGCGCCAUCAUAACUCCAUUCGGCCUAUUCGAAUUUCCGAGAAUGUGCCCCGGACUCAAAAACUGCGGACAGACGUUUCAACGUUUCAUUCACGAAGUACUGCGCGACCUCGACUUCGUGUUUCCAUUCGUCGACGACCUACUUGUCGCAUCGUCCGACGAAGCCACGCACGAGAAACAUCUACGUGCCAUACUAAGCAGACUCGAAGACUACGGUAUCACAAUCAACCCGUCGAAAUGCGUAUUCGGACAGCCAUCGGUCAAGUUCCUGGGCUACGAAGUCAGCAAAGACGGCAUUCGACCACCUACCGAGAAAGUUCAAGCAAUCAUCGAUUACCCUAAGCCGAAAAACAUCGAUGAACUACGAAGAUUCCUCGGCAUGCUGAAUUUUUACCGCGAAAAUAUAAAAAACGCCGCACAAAUUCAAGCACCACUCUGCAAAUACCUACACAAUGCGAAAAAGCGCGACAAGACCGAAAUUAGCUGGGACGGCGAAGCUGACGAAGCGUUCGACGCGUGCAAAGCGAGCAUCCAAAACGCCGCUUUGCUCGCGCACCCCUCCCAUCACGCCCCGCUAGCAAUAUUCAGCGACGCGAGCGACAAGGCCGCGGGAGCUUCACUGAACCAAUUUAUCAACGACACGUGGCAACCACUCGGCUACUUUUCCAAGAAGUUCUCAGACGCCCAGACUCGCUACAGUACCUUCGAUCGAGAACUACUUGCAAUAUACCUGAGUACGAAGCACUUCCGGAAAAUGUUCGAAGGCCGAGAACUCAUCAUUUUCACCGACCACAAGCCGCUCACCUACGCAUUCACCAAAACCAGCAAUAACAACGAAUCACCGCGCCGCACCCGUCAGCUGUUGUAUAUCAGUGAAUUUACUACUGAUAUACGACACAUACCCGGAACGCAAAACGCCGCUGCAGACGCCCUAUCUCGCAUCGAAGCCAUCGCAAGUCCAUCUCCUAUCGACUACGAACAACUAUCAAGAGCGCAAGAGCGAGAUAGCGACACCAUCCGAUCACUCGCACAGCAAGACAACCUAUCGAUGAAACAAGUCACAAUUCCCGGAACUACAGUCAAACUCUACUGCGAAACAUCGACGCCGCACUUACGACCUUACGUACCCGAAGAGCAUCGCCGUGCCGCUUUCAACGCAGUACACAACAUAAGUCAUCCUGGAAUCAAAACGUCACGAAAACUCGUCGCUCAACGCUACUUUUGGCCCGGACUAAAUGCCGACGUAGGCAAAUGGGCAAAAGUAUGCGUACACUGCCAACGUGCGAAGAUUCAACGACACACCACAAGCCCUAUUUCGAGUUUCCCGCCAACUACGAGAUUCGAACACAUUCACAUCGAUCUCGUAGGACCUCUACCUACUACCGCCAGCGGACACCGAUACCUACUCACCAUGAUCGACCGCUCAACUAGAUGGCCCGAAGCGAUACCUUUAUGCGAGAUCACCGCCGAAGAAGUCGCUAAAGCUCUAUACGAAGGCUGGAUCUCCCGCUUCGGCUGCCCCGCUACCAUCACGACCGACCAAGGACGGCAAUUCGAGAGUCGAGUAUUUGCGUCACUCACCCGCUUACUCGGCGUCGAAAGAACCCGUACAACGCCGUACCAUGCUCAGGCGAAUGGAAUUUGCGAGAGAUUCCAUAGAAGCCUCAAGGCUGCGCUCAAGGCCAGACUACAAAUCGAGAGGUCAUGGAUCGACAUAAUACCUAGCGUUCUACUUGGACUACGAGCCGCCCUACGAACAGACACCGGUGUAAGCCCAGCCCUACUCACCUACGGCUGCAGCGUACGACUACCCGGCGAAUUAUUAACACCUACGCGCGAAGAUGUCACCAUGGACUCCGAUUUCGUCGAAAAACUACGAGCGACCAUACAAAGCCUAACGCCGACCGCAAUGAUCCCGCAUGGCAACAAGAAACCCAUUUUCGUCCACCGCGACCUUCAAACCUGCGAACAAGUAUUCGUACGAGUCGACGCCGUAAAGAAGCCACUACAAGCACCCUACGACGGACCCUACCGAGUACUAAAACGCAACGACAAAGUAUUCACACUGCAGCUACCUAAUCGCCAGUUGAAUAUUUCGAUCGACCGCCUAAAACCCGCUUUCAUCAUCGCCGACACCGAGCAAGAAAUACCUACAACUACGAGUACAACGGACAUACCUACAACUACAAGUUCAACGAAAACGCCUAACAUAACUACAACUACGAUCGCAACGAAAAUACCUACAGCUACAACUACGAGUAUACCUACAGCUACAACAUCGAACAAAACUACGCAACCGAUUGUAUCACCGAGUUUACCGACAUCACAACAAAACAACAACAACCAACAACAGAAAAAAGGAAUCCUGAAACGAAGAAAUGAACCAGACACAACCACGACCACACAAGUACCUACAAGCACGAGCACAACACGCCGAGGCCGCACUAUUCGCCUGCCGGUACGCUUCGCUUGA